AUGGAAAAAAAACAUGUCACUGUGCAAAUACAAAGUGCUCCCCCCUCCUAUAUCAAAUUGGAAGCAAAUGAAAAAUUCGUAUAUAUUACAAGUACAAUGAACGGCUUAUCUUAUCAAAUUGCGGCUAUAGUUUCAUACCCAGAAAAGAGAAAUUCAUCAACUGCAAAUAAAGAAGAUGGUAAAUUACUGUGCAAGGAAAAUAAACUAGCAUUGUUACUACACGGAAGUCAAUCUCACAAGAACGCUAUUUAUCAAACUUUACUAGCAAAAAGGCUGGCCGAAUUCGGAUAUUGGGUACUAAGAAUAGAUUUUAGGGGCCAAGGUGAUUCCUCAGAUAACUGCGACCCUGGCCUUGGUAGGACGCUCGCUCAGGAUCUUGAAGAUUUGAGUACAGUAUACCAAACAGUAUCUGACAGGUCUCUUAGGGUGCAAUUGUACAAAACUAGUACAAUAUCACUGGACGUGGUUGUGGCACAUUCUAGAGGAUCUCUUGCCAUGUUCAAAUUCUGUCUAAAAUUACAUGCAGCUGAAUCUCCAUUACCGUCUCACCUGAUCAAUUGCGCUGGAAGAUAUGAUGGGAGAGGACUUAUUGAACGCUGCACACGACUGCACCCGCAUUGGCAAGCAGAAGGUGGGUUUUGGGCGAAUGGUCCACGAAAUGGCGAAUACAAAGACUUUUGGAUACCAUUAAGUGAGACUUAUAGUAUCGCUGGCGUUUGCGUUCCGGAAUUUGCCACGAUACCACAAACUUGUUCAGUAAUGUCCUGCUAUGGCAUGUGUGAUCACAUAGUGCCAAUUAGCGCAGCCUCAAAUUAUGCAAGGCUUUUCGAGGGCAGACAUUCAUUGAAACUUAUUGAAAAUGCGGACCACAAUUAUUAUGGCAUUGAAGGUGAUCCCAACGCGCUAGGCUUACCGAUAAGGAGGGGUAGAGUCAACUACUCACCACUAGUAGUUGAUCUAAUUAUGGAAUACCUGCAAGAUACAUAG